GUGCCCUAGUGUUUGGCUGCGAGCGUCUUCGACACUGCGCAGGCUCCUCGCUCUACAAAGCCUCGGAGGAAAGUGCAUAUGCAAGCAGAACUCAGAAAGUUCAUGGAGCUGAAGUGCAGGAUGUGCCGUUAAGGAGGAAAAAAAAUCCAGAGGAGCAGAGGCAGCGCAAGGGGCUGGAGGGCUGAAAGGACUGCAACCCAAAGCGCACGGCAUUCUUUUUUCUCCACCUAAGACACUGUUAACUUGUCACCAUGGGGUUUCCGACGAUAUUUAGUUCUCGUCACAUUGUUCUUAAAGUGUUUUUGGUUCAGUUCAUCGCUUUUCAAAAAACAUAUGCUGCCCCCUCUCCUAUCAUCAGAUUUCCUGGAGACGAUACGACCCCCAUGACAGACAAAGAAGUUGCCUUGCACUAUCUGAACAAGUUUUAUGGAUGCCCAGAAGACAGAUGUAACCUAAUGGUGCUCAAGGACACUCUGAAGAAAAUGCAAAAGUUCUUUUAUCUGCAAGAAACUGGAGAGAUCGAUGCCCAAACUGUGGAGAUUAUGAAGAAGCCCCGCUGCGGUGUCCCAGAUGUGGCCAAUUACAACUUCUUCCACAGGAAACCCAUGUGGCAAAAGAAAGACAUCACCUAUAGAAUCCUUGGACACACUCCUGAUCUUGAUGAGGAAACCAUAGAUGACGCCUUCUUCAGAGCCUUCAAAGUUUGGAGCGACGUUACCCCACUCACCUUCACGCGCAUUAUGGAUGGGGAGGCUGACAUCAUGAUUAAUUUUGGUCGCAAUGAGCAUGGAGAUGGAUACCCAUUUGAUGGUAAAGAUGGCCUGCUGGCUCAUGCCUUUGCACCAGGACCAGGCAUUGGAGGAGACUCUCACUUUGAUGAUGAUGAGCAGUGGACCCUGGGAGAGGGCCAAGUGGUGAAGGUGAAGUUUGGCAAUGCUGAGGGGGAGUUCUGCAAAUUCCCUUUCUUGUUCAUGGGUAAAGAGUAUACCAGCUGUACGUCUCAGGGCCGCGACGAUGGCUUCCUGUGGUGCUCCACCUCUUACAACUUUGAUGAAGAUGGCAAAUAUGGCUUCUGCCCCCAUGAAUUGCUAUUCACCCUGGGUGGAAACGCCAAUGGAUCUCCUUGCAAAUUCCCCUUCAAUUUCCAGGGUGAGAAGUAUGAAGGGUGCACCACUGCAGGCCGUGAUGAUGGUUACCGCUGGUGUGCCACCACAGAGGACUAUGAUCGUGACACAAGCUAUGGGUUCUGCCCUGAAACUGCCAUGUCAACAGUGGGAGGCAACGCAGAGGGAAGCCCCUGUGUCUUCCCCUUCACCUUCCUGGGAAACACCUAUGAUGCUUGCACCUCCUCUGGACGCAGUGAUAGCAAGAUGUGGUGUGCCACCACCAAAAGUUAUGAUGAUGACCGCAAGUGGGGCUUCUGUCCUGACCAAGGCUACAGUUUGUUCCUGGUGGCAGCCCAUGAGUUUGGUCAUGCCCUGGGCUUGGAGCACUCACAGGACCCUGGAGCACUGAUGGCCCCUAUUUACACCUUCACCAAGGACUUUAGACUUUCUAAUGAUGAUAUUAAAGGCAUCCAGGAGCUCUAUGGUGUGCCCACAGACAAGCCUCUGCCUCCAACCCAGGGUCCUGUCACUCCCAUGGACAUCUGUAAUGAGCCUGUUGUCUUUGAUGCUGUGGCACAGAUCCGAGGAGAGACCUUCUUCUUCAAGGACAGGUUCCUGUUCAGGUCAGUCUCCAGAAGCAAGCCAACUGGUCCUAUGCUAGUGGCCACCUACUGGCCUGAUUUGCCUGCCAAGAUAGAUGCUGCCUAUGAAAACCCACUGGAGGAAAAGACAGUAUUCUUUGCAGGCAAUGAGAUGUGGAUCUACAAAGCAGAUGAGUUGGAGAGAGGCUACCCCCAGAGGAUCUCAAACCUUGGCCUCCCCAGUGACCUCGAACGCAUAGACGCCGCUUUCAACUUUAGGAAGAACCAGAAGACUUACCUGUUUGCUGGGGACAAAUUCUGGAGGUACAAUGAAGUGGAGAAGAAAAUGGACCCUGGCUUCCCCAAGCUUAUUGCUGACUCCUGGAAUGGCAUCCCAGAUGGCAUUGAUUCUGCCUUCACUCUGAAUGGCAUAGAUUACAGUUACUUCUUCAAAGGUGGCCACUAUUUCAAAUUGGAGGACAGUAGCCUGAAGAUUGUCAAGUUGGGUGAAAUCACAAAGGACUGGCUUGGUUGUUAAACAAUGCUCAGAUAAUUUAGCCAUUGGGCCUUCCUGUGGUGACCUCUGGCCUCAUGAGGACGCUGCCAUGGUAUCGCACACACCUGGGGGUCAUCACAGUGCACACGGUUGUCGGGUUUUGGCCCGGGAACUCUGCACACUCUCCUGAGAGACAUGUCCCAUCCAGCCUGUAUAACCAGCCCCCAGCUUUAUAGAAAGACACCUUGGGACCUUCCGCAUAGGCUGAACAUAGGCAACUGGAUAUUUGUUGUAUUAUUGUGUGAUGUUGACAUUUUAUUUGUUAUGCUGAUGCAAAUCUGUUACAAUAUGUAGGCUGCCCCGUUUUUUUUUUGUUUGUUUGUUUGUUUUUAUGUUUGAAACUCAGACAUCAGGUAUGUCCACACUGCAUUGAACCAAGCAGUGCUAUUCUGUGCUGUGAGAUAUUGCCAUUUUUAUGCAAAUUUGACUCUCAAAGGCUGUUUUACACCAUAUGAGGAAUUAGUGUUGGCUUACAGCUGCUUCUGUGUGUCCACAGUGUACAAAGUGCAGUUUUUUUUUUAAUGUACCAGUGUUUUAAUGAAUACGUAAUUGUUUCAUUGUUGUGAAAUGCAUUUGAAAAAAUGAAUUUGCACAAUGUACCUUGACCGAAAAUGGUGCUUUAGAAAAUUACUUUUUGCAUAUAGUCCUAUUCAUAUAUUCUAUGUGUAACUAUGUCUGCUGAGACUACUUGUGUUCUGGGUGUCAGAAAGUAGUUUUCACAGGCAAACAUUAUUCUCCAUUUUGGUUAGCACUUUGUAUAGGACUAUACGAGGGAACUGGGCAAUAUGGAGACCAAAUUAUUUUCAUGGCAACUCCAUUUUGUAUUUUCCUUCACUAAUGGUACAGAAUGAUUAAAGGCACAGGUUGCCUACAGAGGCUGUAUACGUUUGCUGCAUGAUGGAAUCAUGACAAGAGUACCACAAUAGUAUUGUUGAAUAAUCUUUUUAUAUUAUCUUUUCUUUUUUGGGAUUUAACUCUACAGUCAUUAGUGAUUGUGUUUUGUUAUGUUUUGUUUUUUAUGCUUGUGCACUUUGUCCCUCUGUCAUCAAUAA